GGCUUGCCUCCUUCCGUUCGGGAGGUCUGCUCAGGCUAACCUAUAGUCACAGCCUGUCGGGUGGGUACUUGUUACACACUCUAAAUGUCAACCUUGUAAGAGAAUGUGUUCCUAGCUAUCAGAACUUCAGGAAACAGCACCCUAGAUCUUAUUUAUGGAUUGUUUGUUCCCAGUGUCUGCAAAAAGAGGCUUCAUCUAGCUGUCAUGGCUAAUAGGUCUUGAUAUCUCUCUCAUCACAUUCUUAUUUAGAGCAGUUUGUGUUACACAUUUGUGAAUUCUUUUCAACUUGUUCAUAAAUGAUCUGGAAUUAGGAGUCAGCAAUGAAGCGGACAAGUUUGCCGACAACAUCAAAUUGUUUAAGGUUGUUAAAACACAAAGGGAUUGUGAAGAGCUCUGAAGGGAUCUCUCCAAGCCGGGAGAGUAGGCAUCCAAAUGGCAGUGCUUGGACGGGAUAGACUAUGAUGAUUUCCAGUUUGGCUCUCAUUUGAUUGAGCAGAAGGAGCUGCUCAUGGAGACAGUUGAAGGCCCAUUCCUCAUUAUAAUUGAACAGCCAAAGCAGCGAGGUUUCCGGUUCCGAUAUGGCUGUGAAGGACCCUCGCAUGGGGGACUGCCUGGAGCUUCUAGUGAGAAAGGACACAAGACUUACCCCACUGUUAAAAUCUCCAAUUACGUUGGGCUGGCUAGGAUAGAAGUGGACCUGGUGACUCACACCGACCCGCCACAGGUGCAUGCCCACAGUCUGGUGGGAAAACAGUGCAAUGAAGCUGGCAACUGUAUCGUGACAGUGGGCCCAAAGGACAUGACUGCACAAUUUAAUAACCUGGGUGUGCUCCAUGUGACCAAGAAAAACAUGAUGGAGGUAAUCAAGGACAAACUACAGAAGCAGAAGAUUCGAAACCGACCACAAUCUCUGACAGAAUCUGAGGAAGAAGCGAUUGAACAAGAGGCGAAGGAACUGAAGAAGACAAUGGACCUCAGCAUUGUCCGCUUGCGUUUCAGUGCCUACCUUCGUGACAGCAGCGGAAACUUCACCCUGGCCUUGAAGCCAGUUAUCUCGGACCCCAUUCAUGACAGCAAGUCUCCUGGAGCUUCCAACUUAAAGAUCUCCCGGAUGGAUAAGACAGCUGGCUCAGUGCGAGGUGGGGAUGAAGUUUAUUUGCUGUGUGAUAAAGUUCAGAAAGACGAUAUUGAGGUGCGAUUUUAUGAAGACGAUGAGAAUGGCUGGCAGGCCUUUGGGGAUUUCUCCCCCACAGAUGUGCACAAACAGUAUGCCAUUGUGUUCCGCACACCGCCCUACCACAAGACCAAGAUAGACCGUCCGGUCACUGUGUUCCUCCAGCUGAAACGCAAGCGAGGGGGUGACGUGAGUGACUCCAAGCAGUUUACCUACUACCCAGUGGUGGAAGAUAAGGAAGAAGUGGAAAGGAAACGCAAGAAGACUUUGCCUCAGUUCCCUCAGCACUUUGGGGGUGGCGCACCCAUGGGAGGUGCUGGUGGUGGAGGUGGAGGAUUUGGUUCUGGCGGAGCUGGGAAUCCCUGGCAUUCUUCGGGAUACAGUUCUUCUUACAACAGCAGCAUCUACCUGCCUGGCACCCAUCCGAUGGGCAGCUACCAAGGAGGGAGAGGUAUCCAGAUGCCUAGAAGUGCCAGGCUGGAAGACAGCGAGCACCAACUCUCAGAAGAUGGGAACCAGAUCUCCAUGGAGGAAAAAGAUUAUCUAGAGCUGCUACAGCAUGCUCAGGAGUGCAGCUCGUGGAUGCUUAUGGUUGCUCGGCGCAGUGCCCAGGCGCUUCUGGACUACGCAGUCACUGCUGACCCACGGAUGCUGUUGGCUGUGCAGCGACACCUUGCAGCUUCUCAGGAUGAGAAUGGAGAUACGCCUUUGCACCUGGCUAUCAUCCAUGAGCAGACAGCUGUGAUAGCACAGCUGGUCCAAGUAGCCAUCAGCAUCCCAAAUCAACAGAUCAUCAACAUCGCCAAUCAUUUGCAGCAGACACCUUUGCACCUGGCUGUGAUCACCUAUCAGCCCAGGGUGGCUGCGUUCUUGCUGCAGGCUGGUGCUGAUCCCACUCUAUUGGAUCGCUAUGGCAACUCAGUUGUGCACCUGGCUCUGCAGCUGGAUGAGGAGGAGAUGCUGAAGACCCUUCUCUGCUACCUGGGCUCCCACACUCUUCACCUUCUUGAGACACCUAACUAUCUCGGCCUCUUUCCUGUGCACCUUGCUGUGAAGUCCAAGAAGCUGGCCUGCCUUGAGCUGCUAGUAGAGAAGGGAGCAGAUGUGAAUGCAGCUGAGCGGCAGAGCGGACGGACACCUUUACACCUAGCUGUGGAGAUGGAUAACCUUAACCUGGCCACAUACUUGAUGAAGAAGCUGGGAGCUGACGUGAAUGCCCAGACAUCUGCGGGGAACACACCCCUUCACUUGGCAGCAGGAAUGGGUUCCCCGAUCCUGACCAAAUUGCUUAUCAAAGCAGGAGCAGAUAUUCUGUGUGAGAACGAUGAGCCUAUCUUGGCUUGCUCAUCCAACCCAAGCAGUGACACUGAAGUGGAGCAGGAAGAGGAUGAAUGGGUCAUGGAGCUGGGAGAGGCAUGUUCUGAUGAGCACGUUGUAGGCGGUGUUGCGGAGUCUGACACAUUCGGUCCAAAACGGUGCCGGGGACACACCCCGUUUGACUUGACUUCUAGCCUGAAGGUGCGGGAGAUAUUGCUGCAUGCCUCACUGCAAGGCCCUGAAAGAGAGCUCUCUGCUUCUGCUUCUAGGCAAGGGGGCAUCCUGUCUCUGAGUAGCGACACCCUCCAAAACCUGGAGCAGCUCCUGAACCGGGACUGCCAAGGGGAAAACUGGGCAGAAUUGGCCAAGAGGUUAGGUCUCUGCAGCCUAGUGGAGACCUACAAAGGUACAGCUUCUCCCAGCAGGAGGCUCCUGCUCAGCUAUGAGCUUUCCGGUGGCAGCCUUAGCAGUCUCCUGGAGGCACUUGACUCCAUGGGGUUGGCCGAGGGAGUGAAGUUACUGCAGCGCCCAGAAACAUUUGUCCAGCUACAAAGUACAGAGCUAAAGGAAGACAGUGCUUAUGGGAGUCAGUCAGUGGAAGAGGAGCCCACAAACGUUCCAGAGAAGCUGCAGCUGGCCCCCUUGCUGGAGCCCCCUCCUCUCUUUCCUCAGAACCAGCAGGAGCAAGUGCACUGAUGCUAGAGCAGCCCGGAGAGCCUGGCUGACACUGGGGGGUAGGGAAGGGUACUUCUGGCACGUGCCGCUCAGAUCCUGGAUUGGCUCCAGUUUUAAUGGUGGGUCUGUAAAAAGGGGGACUUUGUGGCUGUUAGUUCAGCCUGCCUUCAUCAGACCGGGCCCAAGCAUAAGAGAAGCAUGACGCUGUGCUGCUCCCGUUCUGGCAUGUCUUGUCAGCUGGAUCACGACCUGGAACGUUCUUCCUGUGCUCCCGUAUAUCAACCACAACAUCUGUGAUGGUGAGGACUUGCUGGGCCAUGGCGGCUACUUCCCUGUGAGCUGCUGGAAGAAAACCCCUUACCAGGCUCCCCAGUGCCUUUGCCUUCCUGCCUUGUGGAACUGAGCAUUUCACCUGGGAAUUUGGUGCAGAAUCCUGAAACUGUUUUUGGAGGAUUGUGCCAUAGGAAGGCUAUCUUGGGUCCCUCAUGUAAAGAGGGACCAACAACCUGCAUUUCAGACCCCUUAGAACAGGGCCAUUGCCUAGUUGUGUAAUGGCAUUUUGGAUUCAGUUCCCUACCGGUGUGACAGAUGAUUUUCACUAGUUCCUUAAAUGCAAUUUUAACAACUAUCAGCAGAUUGCCGGUCUGAACAUUACUCUCAAAUUUGUCUAGUGGACAAAUUACCUUCCUGAAAAAGAUAGUUACAGCAGUAGCUACCUUUCACAAAUGAAGAGACACACAUGUCCUGCCCUCAACCAGCUGCUUACAUUUGCAUUCCCUAUUUAAAAGUGAAUUCUAUUGUCGAGUAUGUGGGAGGGUGUGAACUUUUAAACUGUUGUGUAUAUAGCAAUCCCAGUGAUGGUAAAUUCCUCAAUGGGGAACAACAUUAACCACCCCUUUGUUUAAAGUAGCUCAAGCUUUGAGGUAACGGUUCUGAAUCAGUGCUAGUUUAUUGUCAGGGUUUUCUAAGCUAAAAUGCCUUUGCUCAGAAAACUUCCAAUUUUGUUUCUGGAAUAAAUGAUGCAACUUUGUAUGUA